AUGGCAGAAGUCGGUGGGGAUGCUCGGAGCAGAAUACUGGCGGAGUUCACCAAGGCAGGUCGGCCGCUCUCGGCCAAAGAAGUGCACGAAGUGGGUGGGGCGACUGAGGAACAAGCUGCCCUGGAAUCACUACUAGCGCAGGGAGAGAUAAAGCAAAGAAUAAUCCCAGUAGGACUCCAGAACCUGGUGGUGUACUGGCACAAGAGCCUGUGUCCGGUAGUCUCCCCAGCUGCUUCUGCAAAGGCCGCUUUGGAAGCUGAGGUAGCUGUUCUUCGUCGGAAGAUGGAGGAGUUGGAGGAGGACACCCGUGCUGCUGAGAGAAGUCUGGGGGCUGAUGUCAACAUCGAGCAAGAGAUCAACAAUCACAUCAAGCGCUUACAUGCUUAUAAUGAGGUCAAGGACGUUGGGUGGGUUCUUUCCGGCACUUGA